AUGACAUUGCUUCAGGAAGAAAAGGUGAAGCACUUGUCUACCUUCUCUAAAUUGAAUAGUGAAGUGGUGUUGCUUAAUUUUAAAAUAGACAGAAUGACUAAGUCUGGGAAGAGUGUUGGAAAUUUUGAAAGUGUUGGGUCUCACGAUAAAGAAAAAGGGAAAAGCAGAGUAGCUGAAGUAAAGGUUGUCCAAGAUAACCAUGGCGCAUGUCUUAGGGUUAAGGAUCCUCUUCAGAUGAUUAAUCUAUAUGAUCUUGUGCUGAAUGUCGUACCCCUAACUACGGUGGAACCCAUCCGUGAGGUAGAAAGCUCUGCUACUCCUAAGGAUGCUAAACUUUCUGGUAAGUAUUUAACUUCUCUCAGUAAAAUGGUUCUUAGAAGUGCAUCUAGGAUAGACAAAUCUGAGAAAACAAAUGUCUCUAGGGUUAAUGAUAGUUCCGAAAAUCUUGAUCAUGCUAAGAUGCAAGAUGUCCAAACAUCUUCUACAAAAGGAACUGGUUCUAAGGAAAAUUAUGCUGGUGUUGAGAUUGCUUUUGAAACAAAAAGCAAAAAGAAAGCAAAUGUAUGUGUAGCUAAAGUUGUAAUUAAUCUGGAUGAUCUUUCCACUGAUGAUGAUCUUCUUACAAAUUAUCUAAACCCUGAACUAGCAGAGAGACUCAAGAAAAUAAAGGGAAAAGUAGUUGUUGUUGAUGCAUCUUCAGCAAAGACACCUAUGAAAAAGGUUAGGGAUGUCAAAGGAAAGACUAGUGUGGGACUUGCUAAGAGUUGGAGCAAGGUUGUUGUUCCUUCAAGGAAGAGAAAAUUAAUUUCUUCUAGUGAUUUUAAGACUGAGUCUGAUGAAGAUGUCCGAGACAUCAUGCCUCAUAGAAGGUCUACUGCCACGAAGACAUGUGUAAUUAUCCCUGAGAAGUAUGCUGGGAAAUGGCAGUUUGUCAACCAAAGGAGAAUUUCCCUGGAAAGAGAACCGGGUAAGUAUUUAUCUAAGUACAAGGAUGUCGAGAAGCUUAUAGAAGCUUCCAGAUUAAGAAGGACUAUCACUAGUUUUGGUCCUUGCUAUGAAGGGUUGGUUAAGGAAUUUGUGAUAAGUGUGUCGGUUGGGUGUGAUGAUCCUAACAGUAAGGAUUAG